UUCUCCUCACACCACCAUUCGAACGACUUCUUUUCAGCACUUCGCCAUGGCGUUCAGUGGCGCCCAGAUGCUUGCUGCCUUCACGCUGGCCUUUCUCCUCAUGGCCUUUUGUACGGAGGCUCGGGUAUGCAUGUCCCCUAGCAAGUUGUACAAAGGCAAAGGCCCUUGCAAGAAUGUGCGCUGCACCGCGACCUGUCACAAAGAGCACUUCAAGGGUGGGUUCUGCUCCAGUACAAAGUCACUUGUUGGCGAUGAGCUCAACGAAGACAACGACAAUCGCAUCUUUCGCAAACCACCUAAGAAGGAGAAGGAGAAAACGAAGUGCGUGUGUACAUUCCCAUGCGGCAAAGGCCCGGCACCACCGUCGGAACCUGACGUGCCAGAGCCACCGCCGGCUGAACCCGAGUUGCCAGAGCCGCCAUCCAAAGGCCCUACGAAGAAGCCGCCGCCGCCCCCAUAUGAACGUGACAUGUGAGAGCCGCCCUUGAGAGACAACAAGAAGAAGAAGCCACCGCCAGCUGCCAACCAGUGGGCAAAUGAUUUUAAUAAGAGAGGAAUUAAUUAACACUUGUCUUACAUAUGCAUAAUAUUGAUUGUGUGAGAAUAAUAAUGAAUCUUUCUUAUAUCUUAUAUUUA